AUGGAUGAAAACUAUGCGAAAAGAACAAUUUUGCGAAAGCGAAUUGUCGAAAAUUUGAGUCAAAUGUGGAAUCGAGUCCUUAUAAUCUCACAUUUUAAUCCUGCGCCCGUUUUGAUCCCGAUCUCACUCUAUGUUUCUAUAGAAUUUAUUAAAGUUGGACAAGUAUGGCUAAUUUCUCAAGACAUGAAUAUGUACUAUGAGAAAAUUGACAAGCGGGUGCAAUGCAGAGCUCUGAAUAUUCCUGAGGAACUGGGCCAAGUACAGUAUAUAAUGUCGGAUAAGACAGGCACGCUUACGGAGAAUCAGGUAAAAUGGGAGCUUUCAGCAGGAAAUAUUCGUUGGUUUAGAAUAAUUAUGGUUUUUCGACGAUGUUCCCUUCGUGGAAAAGAUUUCGGAGGACAUUCUGUAGCAGCGGCCAUCGAUCAGCCGGCUGAUCGUUUGGGUAGACCGCGACCAUCAAAGGAUCGUGGCUUAGAGGCGUUGUUGAGCCGUGCAGUUCGAGAAGCUGACAUCGAUAGUCCCAUUUACCUUUUUUUUCUCACUAUGGCUAUAUGUAACACCGUAGUCGUCAAUGCCAAACCUCACGAAGUACGCUCCUGUCUUUUGUUGUACGAUGAACAGAUAAAGAAAAGAUAUGAUGGACCCUGA